CCGCUUCGCCAUUUUGAGCUGCUGCGCCGGUAUUUAUCCAAGAAGAGGUCGUUUGUAGCUCACUUACACAGUUUGGUGCUUACCUGCGUAGUAUUUAGUUGCUUUUCAUUAAAGAACGGAAGCCAUAUUUUAAAAGCAAGCAAUACAGUGUUUUAUUUCCUUUAGUUUUAUUGUGUGUGAGAGAAAGAAAGAAAGAAAGAAUGUCUUCCGAAGCCCCUGAAUAUUCGGCUUUCUUCGCAGUGAUGGGUGCCUCUGCGGCCAUGGUCUUCAGCGCCUUGGGAGCUGCCUAUGGCACAGCGAAGAGUGGAACAGGUAUUGCAGCCAUGUCUGUGAUGAGGCCGGAGCUGAUCAUGAAGUCCAUCAUCCCUGUAGUCAUGGCGGGUAUCAUUGCUAUCUACGGCCUGGUCGUGGCAGUGCUGAUCGCCAACUCCCUCGCACCAGGCAUCACGCUGUUCAAGAGCUUUCUACAGCUUGGUGCCGGGUUGAGUGUGGGUCUCAGUGGGCUGGCAGCUGGCUUUGCCAUCGGCAUCGUGGGUGACGCAGGAGUCCGGGGCACAGCACAGCAGCCCAGGUUAUUUGUGGGCAUGAUCCUGAUUCUCAUUUUCGCUGAAGUCUUGGGUCUGUACGGCCUGAUUGUUGCCCUGAUCCUCUCCACAAAAUAAAUGUCCAAUGCUGCUAAACUUAAACUCGAAUAAUAAAUAAAUAAAUAAAUAAAAAGCUCCGUAAAAUAUUUUGGUCUUAUCUCCACAAUGUGUACAGUUGUCUCAAUUUGGUAGUCAACUUCUUGUAAAUGCGCAAUGUAUGUUUAGUGAUUCGUCUAUCCUGUGUGUGUGUGUGUUUUACAGAGCUAGAUUAUUACUAUUAUUUUUUUUGCGGGUUAGCUAAGGUUAUUUGUCUCCCCAGUGUCUGGGAGAACUGACUGGGGCUAACCUGGUGGGACACUGUUUACAGUUUCCAUAUUGACGUUGAGGAACUAUCUAUACACAUAUGGCAUAGAGUUGCUUUCUUUUUCACUGGAUAUUUUAUUUAUAAAGAUUUGAAAUGUUCAUACAAUUGUUUAAAUGGAGCAAAGUUCUUUUAUUGAAUCCCCCAUGAUAAAUAUAUUAUAAAUAUAUCUAUGUAUAGGUAGUUUAUUGCACUGUGGUUAUUUGUAAAGUGCUUGGAAUUCCUUUGGCUGUAAUUGGAUUAAAAAGGAGAUUGCUGUUAGUGUCCUGGUAUUGGAGUGGGUGUUCUCUGUGUGUGUGUGUGUGUGUGUGUGAAUUAUAAUGCAGACAUUCUCAAGUUGUAAUAUGUUUUCCUGUAGUACAUCUGUAUGAUUCUAUUUGCAUUAAGAUGUGCACCCACUGAUGGGUUUCACAGGUCUUAAUAUUUCCAAAUAAAUUUCCUCAACUUA